AUGACACCCUCUGGAAGCCCCAAAGUUGCAGAGGCUGCAGCCAAGACCAAACCAAGGAAGCCAUCAAAGUGCAGUGCCUGUGGCUUGGUUGGUCACAGAAAGAAUUCAUUGGAUUGCCCAUGCAAACAUCAAAAUUUGACACCAACUGAUGUUCCGAAUCCACCAAGGGGAAAUCAAGUACUAGCAAGCGUAGCAACCAUCAUCAAGGUCAUCUACAUCAUCUAUGAUAUUGAAACAACGGGAUUCUCCAAAAUAUUGAAUGAAAUCAUUGAAUUGUAUGCCAUUGGAUUGGAUAACAAAGGAGAUGAACUUGCCGGGACUGGACCAUUUUAUUCACUAGUCAAACCAAGACAGGGUGUUAGCGACUCUGUUGCAAUCCAUGGCAUCACAGAUGCCAAGCUGAGGAAUGAAAGCGACUUCAAGACUGUUGGAAAUGCAUUUAUGACCUGGAUCAAGAAGAAUAUUGGGAAUGAUCCCUGCACAAAGGUAUGCCUAGUCGCAUACAACGGAAAAAGUUUCGACAAUCCAUUUCUAUUGGAGCAAUGCCAAAUUCACAGAGUGGAGAUCUGUCCCAACAUUACAUUUCAGAUUGAUCCAUAUCUAUGGGUAAAGCACCAGGACUAUCCUUAUGGAAUUAUUCGCCCACACAACUUCAAGCUUGCGACUAUGUACAAGUAUAUCACAGGAAAGGACCUCGAUGGCGCUCAUCAAGCAAUGGCUGAUGUUGAAGCAUUAGUCAACAUUUUUAAGCAUCCACCCAUUUGGUCAAAGAGAAAAACCCUAUUGACUCGUCUCGAAUGGUCCAAAGAGAGUCCUGUUUCCCAAGAAGAAGCUCUGACGGUUGUGGCGGAAGACGAAACCUGUUGGGCGCCUGAAGAAGCACUUGCGGAGUCAGCUGGCUCUUUCAUGGAAGCUGACGAGCGCUACCAACUUGCGGAGCCGGAUCCUACUGACAAAGAUGAUGAAGAAGGAAUUCCUCAACAGACUCUUCCACCAAAAGAAGGCUGGAUCACAUCAACAACGUUUGAGGGUGUUGAUUCUCCAACAAAGUUUGAAGAGAAGCGCCGAACUAUUAUUCAAAGCCCGCCAGCCACUCGGACCAAAGAUCAGGACGAACCUUCAAUCCCUUUUGGAAGGAAGGGCAUACAACAUGCACCUGGAAGCCUCAAUAGUGUUCCUAAGGCUUUUAAUUCCGUUUUCACACAGAGAAUUAUGUCUAAUGUAGUGAAGAGAACAAACGAAUAUGGAUCCGCAUUAAAGGGCGCUGAUUGGAAGGACGUCACACGUGACGAUCUCAUGGAUACUCUCUCUGUUCUUUGGAUUGCCUCAUGCCAAAGAAGGCGGGAUGGACCUUCUGCUUGGUUCUCUGAGGAUCCACUGAUCAACUGUCCUCCAAUCAGAAGAAUCAUGACGGGAAGAAAAUUUGCCAGGAUCAUGCGUGGCCUCCAUAUUGCUCCCGUGGAUGCAGACCCGGCAGAUCCCAACCAGAAACUUCAAGAGUUCUCUGGGGCACUGUUGGAAAGAUUUAGAGAUCUCUAUGAGCCCGAGCAACAACUAAGCCUUGACGAGUCACUAAUCCGAGCCUUUGGACGAAUUGGAUUUAAGGUCCGAGUUGUCACCAAGGCGGCGCGAUAUGGAAUCAAGUUGUAUGUCUUGACAGAAUCCACUUCUGGAUAUGUCUUGAAUGUGGAAAUGUAUACUGGUGGUGCUGGACACAUUCAAUCUGAAGAGUUGAAGAAGACUACGCAGGUUGUGAAACGACUUUGUAACCCAUACAAUGGCUCCUACAGAACUGUCUAUGUGGAUCGGUUCUAUACUUCAAUCGAGGUAAUCAAGGAACUUCACGAAAGUGACUUGUUUGUCACCGGCACUGUGAUGGCCAACCGGAUCCCAAAGCAUCUUCGAUGGACCAACAAAUAUGCCAGAGACAAGCCGCGUGGGUACCACGAGUGUCAUGUGUACACUUUCGAGGAUUCAAAGGGUCAGACCAUUGUUAUUGGUCUCACGAUCUGGAAAGACCGCAAGCCUGUCAUUGUCCUUACCUCAGAUGGGGACUGCAGGCCAACUGGUAGCUGCAAAAGGCGGAGCAAAGCUGAAAGAGGUAUCAUUGACCUGAAUAGGCCAGAAAUAGUACGGAGAUACAAUGAGUACAUGGGUGGCGUGGACUUUGCUGACCAGAGACGUCUCCACGCUGAAACCCGACUUCAUGGGCUGCGUCGUUGGUGGAUCCGAAUCUUCUUUUACUAUGUGGAUGUUGGCAUUGAGAAUGCUGGGAUCCUAUACUGUGCUGCAAAAAAGAUACCGAGGAAGGAGUGGCCGAACCUUUUGGAGCUGAAGAAACAACUGGUGUAUCACUUUAUGGGGAGCCGGAUUUUUGCAGUUGAACAUGGUCUCCCACCGGCGGAUGAGAAUUCCAUACUUCCUGCUCAUCACAUUGAGAAAAGAUAUGCACAGAAGAAAGGACGCGACAGUAGAAGAAAGUGUACACUUUGUUUGGCUAAUGGGAAGUACAGCAAAGCCGGCUCAGUAUGUGCUGGGUGUGAAUUGGGUAACGGCUGUUGUCUGCCAUUUUGUGUGGAAGUGGACAGAAAUUGCUGGAGACUCUUCCACCAGAUGCCACUGGCCCAGCGGGAACGUGUUGUAGAGAUAUAUGAAGCGGGCCAAGCAUCAUUUCUGGGCAGACUAGGGCCUCCUGCCACAAAAAAGCGGCGAAAAUGA